CGACUCGCGCGUAUACGAACCCGCGGAGCCGAGAAUCGGCGAACCAAGAACCGAACGGCGAACCACUCACCGAUUCCAAAGUCUGUCGACAGUCAGGCAGGUUCAGUUGUCUCCGAACCCUCGAACUGUUCGGACGCGUUUUCCAGAAUUUUUCGUCCCACAACGCGUUCGCGAACACGUUCUUCGCACGAUUCGCAAUCUUCGAUACACGCCACUAUUGAAGUACCUCGAGAAUUCGGUUCGACCGAAGAUCAAAUCGGAUCGAUUCGCGAAACAAUUCAUUCGUCCAACGUUACGAGAACGGGGCUAGCCACGGCUGUCAACGUAGGGUUUUCUACCCUCUGCUGCGUCGAUAGAGCAACCCCUCGCGAGAACCAACCACCUGUCUCUCUGUUCACCGAGACGAAGGGGAACGCGAGAUCGUCGCUGAUUCGAACGAUCGAUCUGCUAAGACGUAGUCGACACGUAAAAUGGUGGCGUCGCAAAAUGACGGCGGCAGAAGUAUGGGCGGCGGCGGUGGUGAUGGUGGCGGCGGCGGAGGUGAUGAAACAGUUUACACGGUGACCGUGAGCGGAGUCGGUUACAGGAACGAGGGCUACAAGGACGACGGCACCGAUGGCAUACCGCCGGAGCCGCAGAAGCCGCCGCAGUUUCCGGCAGCGGACGACGACACACAAUCGCGGAAAUUCAAACUGUCGCGCAGCGAAAAAUGGCGUAUUCUAAAGAACAUCGGUACCGUCUCCAUCGCUUUUAUGGUGCAAUUCACUGCGUUCCAGGGCACAGCGAAUUUACAGUCGUCAAUCAAUGCCAGUGAUGGCCUCGGUACCGUCUCGCUCUCAGCCAUCUACGCCGCCCUAGUGCUCUCGUGCAUUUUCGUGCCCACUUUCCUCAUCAAGAGACUCACCGUCAAGUGGACCCUCUGUCUAUCUAUGAUGUGCUACGCGCCGUACAUUGGCUCGCAGUUCUAUCCCAAAUUCUACACCCUGGUGCCCGCCGGCGUUCUCCUGGGUCUUGGCGCCGCGCCCAUGUGGGCUGCUAAGGCUACGUAUCUGACGCAAGUCGGCGGUGUCUAUGCCAAGAUCACCGACCAAGCAGUCGACGCCAUCGUUGUACGGUUCUUCGGCUUCUUUUUCUUAGCGUGGCAGACGGCCGAGCUCUGGGGCAACCUUAUCUCUUCGCUUGUAUUGAGCGAUGGCGGACAUUCUGACGAUGGCAAUAGCACAACCAGUAGCUGGGACAAAAUCAAGUUGUGCGGUGCGGAUUUCUGCGUCCUUGGCAACGGAGGUCACGAGAACCUGGAGCGACCACCGGAGUCGGAGAUCUAUGAAAUCUCCGCGAUCUACCUCACGUGCGUCAUCGUCGCAGUGAUCAUCGUCGCUCUGUUCGUCGAUCCCCUCUCUAGGUACGGCGAGAAGCAACGGCGAUCGGACAGCCAAGAAUUGAGCGGCAUCCAAUUGCUCUCCGCUACGGCUUACCAGCUGAAGAAACCUUACCAGCAACUGUUGAUACCCAUCACGAUAUGGAUUGGUAUGGAACAGGCUUUCAUCGGUGCCGAUUUCACGCAGGCAUACAUCUCCUGCGCCCUGGGCGUCCACAGAGUCGGCUACGUCAUGAUCUGCUUUGGGGUGGUUAACGCCGGCUGUUCCUUGCUAUUUGGCUCAUUAAUGAAAUUUGUCGGCAGACAGCCACUGAUGGCGUUGGGUGCCAUCGUUCAUGCCUCUCUCGUAGUUGUUCUCCUCAUGUGGAAGCCUCAUCCCGACAAUCCUUAUGUCUUUUUCUCGGUCUCAGGACUGUGGGGUGUGGGCGAUGCCGUGUGGCAGACGCAGGUUAACGGACUCUAUGGUACGCUAUUUAGGCGUAACAAGGAGGCAGCCUUUUCGAACUACAGGCUGUGGGAGAGUGCCGGCUUUGUGAUCGCCUACGCGUAUAGCACACAUCUCUGCGCCCGUAUGAAGCUAUAUGUGAUGCUGACGGUGCUGAUCAUUGGUACCAUAGGCUACAUCAUCGUCGAGUUGCUGCACAGACGCAAGCAACGGCGGCUCAAAGCGAUCGCCGAGGAUCCGAAGGCUGCCCAAGCAGCCGCCGAGGCGAAUCAGCUGGAAGAAACCGACGACGAAAAGGAUGAUCUCGACGACGAGAUCAUCAUCACGCAUCUGUGAGCGACGAUUAACAUCGACGUAGUCGUCCCUCCUUAAAAGUCCUCGCGCCGCUUUCUCGGCUCGUCGACGGGG